AAACUUUUCCACCUUAUCAUUUCACCACUACUCCCAGCAUGCUUACACGCUGCAUGCCCAGACUUCAAACAGUUGCUGCUGCUGCUGCCGGCUUCCACAAAAUGAAGUUCCGGACUUUUCCGCCAGCCAGGGUCGCCAUUACGGGAGCUCGAGGUUCCGUCGGCACCAAUUUGGCAUUCAGGAUUGCUAUGGGCGAUAUGCUUGGUGUGAAUCAGCCUGUAAUCCUCCACCUAUAUUCUAGAGACCGCGAAGCUCUGCGUGGUCUGGUGCUCGAAUUGGAAGAUACCUGCGCUCCACUUCUCGCUAAGGUGGUCGCUACUGAUAAUUACGAGGAGGCUUUUGGCGAUGCUGACUACGCCUGUUUGGUCGGCUCGCCGCCACGACAGGCCGGUAUGGAGCGAUCGGACCUGUUGCAAGUAUCAGGAGCUCUAUUCAAACAGGAGGGUUCGAUUCUUGGUGAAGUUGCUAAUAGGAAUUGCAAGGUUGUGGUGGUCGGCAAUCCUGCCAACACGAACGCUCUCAUUGCUGCCUCCAAUUCCAAGCACGUCCCGGCUGAGAACUUCACAGCGAUGACUCGCCUUGAUCACAACAGAGGUCUGGUCCAACUCGCUCAUUGCAUCAAUGGUCAUCAUGAGGGACUGGACGUUCAUCCGACUCAUAUUGACAACUUCGUCAUUUGGGGUAAUCACUCCCCAAAUAUGUAUCCCGAUGUCAACCAUGCUACCGUCAGAGGGAGGAAGAUUAAGGAUCUUGUCCCUCACCCUGACUGGAUCAAGAAUGAGUUCAUGACUCGUGUUCAGCAAAGAGGAAAGGAGAUCAUCGAAGCUGCUGGCAAGUCCUCUGCUCCAUCGGCGGCUAUGUCGUGUGUCGACCAAAUGCGCGACUGGGCAUUGGGGUCCGACAAUAAGUGGGUGUCUAUGGCUGUCAUUGGGAAGAAUAAGGAGAGCUAUGCGAUUGACUCGUAUGGUGUUGAUACUGAUCUGUGUUUCUCCUUCCCCGUCAUCACCGAUGGUGAGAGUUGGACCAAGGUUGGCGGCCUGGAAAUGACCGAGUUCGGGUAUUCGAUGCUCCAGCGUAACAUUCAAGAGUUGAAAGCCGAACGUGAUAUGGUUCGCAACUUGAUGGGAUGGUAAAAGUUUCCGUACGAGAAGACAUUUGCACCGCAACGACCGAAGUUGACGGUCAUUAAGGUUUACCGCUAUUCUAUAUUCUAUUAUGCAAUGUGUGACUAUUACUACCCCUAUUCGACGACGACGAUGACGAUCAACGUAACGUAUGUAUAUCAUCGUAAUAA